AUGAGACAACGGCUUCAGGAAGUCUGCGAGUUCCAGGUCGCCGCUCUUGACGCGCCCUCUGCCGUCUUCUCCGCCGCGCUCAACAGCGUCGAGAGGAUCCAGACGGAGCUCAACGCGAUCCAAUUCGCCGUCUUCUCCGCCGCGCUCUACAGUGUCGCGAUGGCGCAGACGGAGCUCAUUGCCACCAUCUUCUUCGCCGCGCUCAACAGCGUGGAGCCCAGGGUCUGCAUGCUCCCCGGCACCGGCAAGCGAGGGGUGUCGGACAUCACGAAGAACCUGUUCGUGGUCCAGACGGACGCGCUUCGGGUUGUCGGGGGCUUCAACGAGCUCGUCGCGAACUCGUCGCGCGGACAUGCGGUUGAGGAACGCGGCGUCGGACUCGUGCCUCGCCACUGCAAUCGCCUGCGCAACGGCCUCUCGUGCACCAGCGGGCAAGGUCUCCGGCCGCAGGUCGUCUUCAGCCGCGCAAAGUCGGCAUCGCUGCCUUGA